AAUAUCAAACACACACAACAUAUUAACUAUUUUAAUAUUAAUUUCAAAAAACUCGAUGUGUAUACUAUUUUAAUUACUGGCGCGGAUUCGAACCCGCUUUUCCCCGGCUGCUGGGUCCUCCAGCUCCUCCACUGGUAGCGCACCCAGACACGCCCCUGCUCGCGCUGGGCGCAGCACGCCCAUGCAGCGACAAGGCUGCAGGCAAUCAGGAAUCAGCACACCUGGGACUAAUGAGAGGGAGCGGCAUAAAGACCAGCUGACCCGAGGAACCUUUGCCAGAACGUAGCCUAUCUUCACAGUAAGCAUCACAUCUGGCAUCACUCCCUCGUUCUUUGCUCGCCUUCUCUGUGCCCCUUCCUUGUUCCCGAGUUUAUGUCCCCUGUGUCUUCCACAGUAUCUUUCCCGUCUCCUGUGAUCGAGUAUUGCUGCUGGACUUCCAUCCGGAUUUCUGACUGCCUUCCCUGAUCCUCGACCCCUGCUUGGACACGGACAUCGUUGCCUCUCUCCAACCCUCGACUGCUUGCCUCCCCACGGACUGCCUCUUCGCCUUGCCCCCUUGGUUCGACGAAGGAGUCAUCCAACACGCACAGACAACAACCCCUGAAUGAGGAGAGUGUGAGCGAGUGCUGCAUGGUAUGUUCUCUAGGAGGAUGUGUGACGUCAGGAUAAGGUCUUCCAGUGGCAGAGGACAGGACAUCCAGAAGAUGUGAGCAUGAAGGUCUUUUCUGCUGAGUGGUUGCUCAGAUGACAGUCAGACCCUUUUCCAUCCUCUUCAUCAUCAUCAUCAUCAUGGCCCCCGGUGGACAAAAAACUCUUCAAGAGGCUGAGGAACAUGACCAGAGCGGGGAGGACUUCCUGUAGGCUGUCCAGCUGAAUGAAGGAUCGAGCCCACGAGGAUCGCACCUUGGCGCGCUCGUAGCCCCGCCCCCUUUCCCGGCAGGCAGGAUGGGAGACGGGAGCUGGGUGUGUCUGAGCCCCGACGAGUUCAAGCAGCUGCAGCAGUACAGCGAGUACUCCACUAAGAAGCUGAAGGAUGUUCUGGAAGAGUUCCAUGGCGAAGGAGACCUCGCCAAAUACAACCCUGAGCAGCAAAUGGACUAUGAAGGUUUCCAGCUCUUCAUGACUUCCUACCUGGACAAGAACAUCCCUGAGCAGCUGUGUCAGCGCAUUUUCACCUCCUUCAAGAGCAAGACAGGAAACAUCUCUCCUGAAAACCAACGUCCCACAUCACACAACCUGCUGGGCAUGAAUGGUAGAAGCACCCCGUCUGUGAUGUUGGGACAUCGCCCCGAGCACGCGGGCAGCACGGGCCCCGCCUCGUCCCCUUGUUGGUCUCGCUCCUCCUCACGAAGGUCCACGGCCGAGGCUGGCACUCCGGAGGGGCCGGGCCGCUCCCCGUCUGGUCGGGUCAGACCCGACAACGCCCCGACCCCCGACGUCGAAGCACCCAGGUCGCCUGUGUCGCCCCUCAAACUUUCCCCCGAGAGAAGUGAGGAACAUCCGUCUCUCCCAAGGAGCCCGUCGCCCCACAGGGGGUCCCCGCAGCCCCAGGUGGUCUUCCUCAAGGACAUCGUCUGCUACCUGUCUCUCCUGGAGCGCGGGACACCCGAGGACAAGCUGGAGUUCAUGUUCCGGCUCUACGACAGGGACGGUAACGGCGUCCUGGACAGUUCUGAGCUGGACCGCAUCAUCAGUCAGAUGGUGCACGUGGCCGAGUACCUGGAAUGGGACUCCACAGAACUGCGGCCGAUUCUGAAGGAAAUGAUGGAGGAGAUCGACUACGACCGAGAUGGGACCGUCACGCUGGAGGAGUGGAUCCGAGGAGGCCUGACCACCAUCCCUUUACUGGUGCUGCUGGGCAUGGACACGAACGUCCAGGAGGACGGUCAGCACGUUUGGCGCCUGAAGCACUUCAACAAGCCGGCCUACUGUAACUUGUGCCACGCCAUGCUGCUGGGCGUACGCAAGCAGGGCCUCUGCUGCUGCUGUCAGUCCAACAUGGCCGACGAGUGUGUGUGUUGUGUUACAUGUACGACUUCUUGUGCCCCCGCAGUGUGCAAGUACACCGUGCACGAGCGCUGCGUGUCCAAAAACAUCGCCGCCUGCAUCAGCACCUACGCCAAGUCUCGUAGACACACCCAGGCCUUGCAGCACGUGUGGAUGGAGGGUAACUCGCCCAGCAAGUGCGAUCGCUGCCACAGGAGCAUCAAGUGUUACCAAGGCCUCACCGGCCUCCACUGCGUGUGGUGCCACAUCACUCUGCACAACAAAUGUUCUUCUCACCUGAAACCUGAAUGUGAUGGAGGAGCCUUGAAGGACCACACUCUACUUCCUUCUUACAUCUGCCCCGCUGUCCUGGACCGCCAGACUGUGGUCAAACGUAGCGAAGGCGAGUCGCCGCCGAGCACCAGCCCGGACGACGUCGCCCACACCUUGAAAUUGUCCCCGGUAGAAGGACAAGCGUUGCAGAUCUCACCCCUCCCAGGCACGCACCCCCUGCUGGUGCUGGUCAACCCCAAGAGUGGGGGCAGACAAGGAGAACGCGUUCUCAGGAAGUUCCGCUACCUUCUGAACCCGCGGCAGGUGCACAGUUUGGAGCAAGGUGGCCCUGCAGCCGGGCUCAACUUCUUCCGCGACGUUCCCAACUUCCGCGUGCUAGCAUGUGGCGGUGACGGCACCGUGGGCUGGAUCCUGGACUGCAUAGACAAGGCCAACUUGGCACAGCACCCCCCGGUGGCCAUCCUCCCUCUGGGCACCGGCAACGACCUGGCACGCUGUCUACGCUGGGGGGGAGGUUACGAAGGUGGCAGCCUGCUGAAGUUCCUGCGAGACGUGGAGCACAGCAGCGAGGUUCUCCUGGACCGCUGGACCAUCGACAUCGUGGCCGAGGACGGGCGGGACCAGGGCGACCCGGUGCCAUACAACAUCGUCAACAACUACUUCUCCAUCGGCGUGGACGCGUCCAUCGCUCAUCGCUUCCAUGUGAUGCGAGAGAAGCACCCUGAGAAGUUCAACAGCAGGAUGAAGAACAAGCUGUGGUACUUUGAGUUUGGCACCACAGAGACUCUUUCCUCCACCUGCAAGAAGAUCAACCAGUGCAUCCAGGUGGAGUGUGAUGGCAUCAUUUUGGACCUCAGCAACGCGUCCUUGGAAGGCGUGGCCGUGCUCAACAUUCCCAGCAUGCACGGCGGCUCCAACCUGUGGGGUGAGUCCAAGAAGAGGAGGAAGUACAAGCGCACGAGCAGGAAGUUUCCUGACAGCAGAACCCUCACCGACCCCAAGGAACUCAAGUUUUGCAUGCAAGACUUCAGCGACCAGCUGCUGGAGGUGGUGGGUCUGGAAGGCGCCAUGGAGAUGGGUCAGAUCUACACGGGACUGAAGAGCGCCGGACGUCGGCUGGCUCAGUGCACCAAUGUCACCAUCAGGACUUCCAGACCACUGCCCAUGCAGAUUGAUGGCGAGCCCUGGAUGCAGACGCCAUGCACGAUCCGCAUCACGCACAAGAACCGAGUCCCCAUGCUGCUGGGUCUCCCUCAGAGGACACCGUUCCUCUUCUUCCACAAGCGCAGUCGGGACUAAAAGGCGUCCACAAGCGCCAAUGGAUUUUAAGACGCGCCACGAAGCCUGCUGAGAAGAAGUUCUUCAUGAAGGACACAAAGCUGCUGCUUGUGGGCAGAAGAAGAAGAAGAAGAACAAGUUCUUCAUCCACCAUUCAAGAUUUUCUUGAAACAACCAUUAAGUGUGGACUUGAAAUGUUGCGAUCAGAUCUUGGAUUGGUCCAAUCACCGGACUUCCUCUCAGGGACGGACUUCCAGAACUCUGCCGGUCUCAUUGGCCCAAGUCCUGCAGGACUCUUUCUAAAUCUAUCCUGCCUUUUCACUAUGGAAGGUCACAAGGAAAUAAAGAAAUAAUUCUUAAAAUCAUAUUUAAUGUGUCAAAAGUUCAUUAAAAUUGGAAUAAAUAAAUAAGUGCGUAAUAAGUAAAAGUAAAUUUGUUCAUGUUUAAUUAUUUAACAAUUAAAACAUUUUUAAUAUAUUAAAUUAUAUCACAAUUUAAUUAUUUAUUUUACUUUUUGGUUAUUUCAUGUUUUAAUUAAUUAUUUCAUUGUUCAAAAAGUUUCAAGCUUUAAUUAAAUAUUGGUUGAAUUGACAGCAUUUUUGUA